AUGCCGCUCCUUGGCCCGACCAUGGACGGCAGGAAUGAGGUCUUUCAGCGACUGAAGCCGCCUUGUGUUGCGCUGAGCCAGGCCGCGUUGGCGCUMAACAGUUCGUCUCGGAAUGUUCAGACGGUGGCUAUUCGACUGGCAGACCUGAAGGAUACACUCACGGCCGACACCAAKCCAAUCUCGCUUGAUGAGAAACUGGCCGACUAUGUCUUCUUUCCGUUGUCUCAAAUACUGAAGUUCAGCCAGAACGUGUCCGUCCGUUGCUUGGAGCUGACGUUCCAAUGCCUGGCGAUACUCAUAUAUCGAGGAUGGCGCUCCCGUAUUCAGGCUCAGCUUGCCGGACAAAUAGUCAUACUGUGCACACUCAUGGCAGAGAAAAAGCCACAAGGCCUGGCAAGCGCAGAGACCACAGAUGAACUGCAGGCAAGUGCUUUCACAUGUCUUCAUCAUCUUUUUGAUGUUCUGGACGUUUCAUCCGAAGCUACGAAAUCGCUUGUCGCAGAGACAAACGUUCCACAAUUAGGGCAGACAAUCAGCACUAUCCUGGAUGGUAUCGUGGACGGAGCUUCGUCCCAGAGCCAGGCCGCCGCCAUGAAUGCAAUGCGCUCCUUGAUGACCAACGUUGCAACCCGAGACAUCAAAGCCGGCUUCCUUCCUGGCAUUGUGUCAAAACUUACGAAAGUACUUGUACCGCAGACGAAGCAAAGACGAGACCAUACUGUAUUGAUAGGCGCAYUUGACGUCCUUCGAGAUGUGUUUGUGGCAACUUUGCGAACUACUUCACCAAAAGCAACAUCUCAUCAAGCAGCGACUAGUUCUGAUGCCACCUCUGAGCAAGUCGCUUCCCAUGUCAUUAGCGACAAGUGGCUAGAGACUGCGGCGGUACAGCUCAAGCCGGCUGUGGAGAGCAUCACUCGUCUCAAGAGCAGCAGCCGAGACGACGUCAAAGAAGCACUCGCACGCUUCUGCUUUGUCAUAAUCAAAGAUUGUCGGAAGACACUCUCGAGCUGUGCCUCGAUCGCUCUGGAGACGUUGCUUUACCUAUCAACCGAGCAUUCUGGUGAUGCCAUCAAAUUUCAACUGGAAAUGUUGGCGACGUCGGACCCAACACUGUCAAAUCUGCUGCAAAGCACUCUCCACAACUCGCUCCAGUCGUUGCCAACGCAGAUGCAGGCUUCCGACGAACAGGUGAAAGUGCAAAGGAUUGGACAAAUCAGCACAGCAUACGGUAUCGUGGGCGCGAGCGGUGUCGAUACGAGCGUCGUAGACCGCCUACUAGCCAAUACACUACGUGACAGUGUUGUUGCCACCAUUCAAUCGCCAGGGUUGAAACAACAAAAUACGCCAAGCACAAUUCCAGUGCAGUCGCUCGAGCUAGCUACAAUUGACGAGGCUGGGACCAAAACUGAAUUCCAAUCGCCUCUCGUGAGAUACCGAGGACAGGAACGACUGCUAGCCGCAAUACAGAGCCUUGCUGUGGCUAUCAGUACCACAGCAACAUCCUCGUUUGUCACAGAUCUGGCUCGCUCACUCCGGCAGUCCCAAGGCGAAGUGCAGAUUGCCUCGUUCUGGCUACUUCUUGAUUGCACCCAGGCUAUGUAUCAACAACAUAGUGGCGUAGACGCAUUUCUCUGUCUCGACAGUACCUCGUCCGAGGUGUACCGUGAGCAUCUGGAAGACCUCUACUCGUUCUCCCUUGGUGUAUUGUCUGAAGCGUCAGAUGAGCCUAUCGAUCCUCGCUUUCAGGCACUGGCUUUGCGCACAUUAGCUUUGAAAGCUGAAGUAUCAGGCGAAGACUUCCGCUAUGAGCUUAUCGAUGCCUUGUAUCCAGUCUUGCAUACACUGGCAACACCGGAUGAAGCACUGCAAAGAGAUAGCAUCACCACGUUGAACAUCUUUUCAAAAGCUUGCGGCUACGACUCGGUAAAGGAUCUGACUGUGGAAAACGUUGAUUACUUGACCAACGCCGUUGCGCUGAAGCUCAAUGCUUUUGAUGUCAGCCCUCAAGGUCCCCAGGUUCUUCUCAUGAUGGUGCGGCUGGCCGGACCGAGUUUGUUGCCAUAUCUUGAAGACACUAUCAACAGUAUCUUUGCAGCACUGGAGGACUAUCACGGCUAUCCCUUGCUCGUGGAGCUUCUUUUCCGGGUACUGGGUGUUGUGGCAGAGGAAGGCUCCAAAGCGCCACAUCUUAGAAUUACCGAUGCCGACCGAGGGCAAUUGCGCCGCAUGUGCGAAGAUAGAUGGCAGGCAAGCAGUAUAUCAUCGCUAGCAACUCUCUUGAAAGAUAGGAAGGAUGAGCAGACCAGGGUGAAGGCAGAAGCAGAGCUGGAGCCUCAUCCAAAACGACCCUGGAAGCAAGCUGGAGAUCAUGAACCCGAGGCUGAUCCUGGCGAUUACGACGAUGGCAAGGAAGAAGCAGAACGAUUUACUGAUAUCGAUACACCACCACCCGCUUCCAAAACAUACAAUCUGCUACUCAAGAUAUCCGAUCUAACCCAGCAUUUUCUUCCAUCAGCUUCCCCAUCUCUACGAAUGUCGCUCCUCGCACUGAUCAAGACCACGAUCCCAGCCAUCGCCCGCCAUGAGAACUCCUUCCUUCCACUCAUCAACACCCUUUGGCCGGAGAUCGUCUCCCGACUCGAUGAUCCCGAGCCACAGGUCCUUGCAACAGCACUGGAUAUCAUCGCUCUACUCUGCGAGAACGCUGGAGAUUUCAUGCGCAGUCGCAUAAUUCAACUGUGGCCUGCGAUCUUGGAGAUUCAUCAAAAGACCGCCAAUGAGAUAUUACAGAUUGCUCAACCUCCGAAUGCUAAGCGGAGGGAGAAGAUGUCUUCGGCGCUGGUUGUGGGGCAGGAUGUUUUGAAGAAGGCAGUCGCUCGCAUGCGUUCCUCACCUGCGGAUUAUAGUGAUACUUCUACGAGGAUGGUGUGGAGCUCCCUGGUGGAAAUGGUUGUUGCUGCUGUGCAAUUUGUAGCGAUGCCUCCGGAGAGGUUUGAUGAGGUUCUGGAAAUGCUUGCUCCGGUUUUGGAAGAGGAAGAGGUGAGGAGUGCUUUGGAGAAGGUUAAUGCUGAUGCGGUGUGGUUGGUUAGGGUGAGGAGUGGUGUUGUUGGUGUGCCCAAAUUAUCGAGUGAGGGAAGGUGGAGAUUUGCUGCUGUUGGUGUAUGA